CUUUUGGAUUUGACUAAUGCGAAUGCCGAGAUCACGAGUUCGUAGUGAGAUCCGUCCCCGAUACUGCCGCAUGGGGGCGCCCGUGAAUGAGGAAUGCCAUCUCAUCACUACACAAACCCGGACGAACCACGCGACAUAAUCAACAACAAUACCACAUUGCCAUUCCCUCCUCCUCCCGGCCAUGACACUAAUCCCCUUCAGCCAUUGACCACCGAGAAACAGUCUAGUUUCUUUGCGGACACCUUUGAUUCCAUGCGCAACUCGCCAGGUAGCACGGUAGGGCCGACAAAUCCUGAUGCACCUUGGCUGACCCUCGCUUCUUCAAGUGUAGACCACAUUAAUUUGCGAGGCGGUGGAGCAGACGCGGUCGAUGUUGGGAAACUUCAUUCUGUUGCCAGAGAUGUGCCAUUGGAAGAGGAUGAACCACGGCCAACCCCAGGAGCUGGCUCGGGCGCAAGGAGUAAAGCCAGUGAGCUUAACAUUACAGGCAUUUCGCCCGACGUCAUAGGAACCAAACCCUCACUUAGUGAGUAUCGAGCCCGCCUCGCCAAAGAAAUGGAACGCCGCGAACAAGCGGUUCGAAGUCCUCCGUCGCCUACGAGAAAUGUGUCUGAGAAGAAGCGCAUCUCGCCUAUUAAGGAGGAGUCUAGCACCACACCCUCGCCCACACCUGACUCUGAUAUCCCGACUGCCUCGAGCGAGUCGGGCAAGACGGUCCGCGGCGGUAUGACUCCAGGAUUCCCGGCUCGAACACCCUCUUAUCCCUUUCCACGCAUGGGUACUCCUAAUUUCACCUCAACUUAUUUACAAAAUGUUCUCGGCCAACAACCUCAAAGCGGAGCUGUUAGUGCGGCGGGUGCACAAUUUGGUAGUUUUGUGCUGCAUGAUCAGCUAAGAUCUGACCCAUCGUCCCCGGCGUCGGCCAUGACUUUCCUACCCACCGGAGUAAUUGCCAAGCCACCGAAUCUCGAUUUCCCUACCCCUAAUCUCUACGAUUUAACUUUGAUGCUUUCAUCCGAGCCUGGCCUGGACGCGUGGUGGAGUAGUGUUGUUCAAAUUAUGACCACAUAUUUUAAAGCUGAAAGAGUAACCCUUUCCAUGCCAGCUGACCCGACGGAUGUUGAAAAUGUACCUUGGGGCCAGAAAGCUACUUAUAAUUCAUUAGAGGAAGAUGAACUAAGCGUUGGAUAUAUUGCUAGGGGGAGUAGCUGUGUCGCGAAAAGUGGCAGUGAGCAGCCAGAGACCCCGUUGACUUUUGAAGGGCCUCACAAGAGUGAUAGGCCUCUGCGACCGAUUAUACAGAGCCGUCAUUCUUUCACUGCAUAUGAAGAUACAAAAGGUGUUCAUCAGACAGAUGCGGAUCAAGUCGCAAAGCCUAGUAACCUGCGACCUGGACUAGUUCAGAGGAGCAAGAGUUACUACCCGGAUGGCGACAGGCAUGAUCCGGCUUCACCUCAUCCUUUAUUAAAUAGACAGACACUUGAGGAGCACGAUGCUUUCGAAGAGCAACAACCCGUUCCAACAUGGGAAGCAAAGCUUGAAUCGAAGACAGAAACCAAGGGCCGUCUCCUUCCGGUAUUGCAGGGUCUUGAUUUCGAAGCGGACCCUCUCAUCGACCACAACGGCAUCGCUCGCGUCGUAGAUCGAGGCAAAGUUAUUGCUCUAACUCGAUCGUACCCAUAUCUUGACCCAGCUUCUGAAGAAAACAAGCACCAAUCUAAAAACUCCAAGCCCGUCGUGCCCGAAGAAUCCAGGAAAAUUCUGAGGAAACCCAUGAUGAAGUCCGAAUCCCAGACAAAAUUGUCUUCGUUAUUAGCAAAUGCAAGCGCGCCGCGGUCAUUAAACCGAAACCUGAAAUCAUUUUCGACAGAGAAGAAGUUUUCCAGCCUAUUCUCUGCCAUGGAUGAGGUUGUGCCCCGACCCCCGACCCCUAAAUAUGAAGAAUAUGAGCAAGCACCACCAUCACCAUGGUCUCAAUCUCCAGCGCCCUCACCCGCCGUUCGAGCCGAUCCUUCCGAGAACCCCUUCUUCACAGACGCCAUGGUUGACGAGGAAUCGUUUAAUCCCGGCCCAAGCCCACAAGACUACACGUCCGCACAGCCUCCUGAAACUAUUGGAGUUGAUAAUUCCUGGACUGUUCUUCACGUACCCCUUAAUCAUAUUCUCCUCUCGAAGCCUCCGCAGAAGUUCAAACUAGAUCCUUCUGCACUGGAACAUAAGGCUUCUCAGCGUAAUCAGAUGGAGCCAGGUAUAAGUUCUGCUAUGUUACAUGAGCGCUUAUCUACCGAUGAAUUAGCCAAGAAGAGCAAACAUUUGCCUAUUGCAAUACUGUCGAUCCUCACCCCCAUUAUACCAUAUCCCUCUAAUCUACGCCACUCUCUUGAACACUUGGCUCCUCAUUUAGCAGCAACCUUCUCACUUAACCGACACUAUUCCAACCUUGAGACAGAAGUCAUGGGUAUCCAUCGAAAAAGACCACCUACUAGUGGUUUCGGUGCCCUUGGUCCCGAUGGACGACCUAUGGUAGAUUCUGUCAUGCUUUCACACCUUAACUCAGCACCGCCUGAAGACCUCUCUCAGCGCUCAGCCACUGGAAGUCUUACUAGCCCCAGCGAAUAUUCAGGCCCAUCUCGGAGUAUCAAUGCAUCACCUAGUGGGACACCACUCUGGGAGCCAACUUCUUUUGGACUGUUUGUGGAGAGAAGAGCCGCCGGCUCUAGCCCUAGCCAGCUGGGAGGUGACAGUUAUUUCAGCUCCGUGCCUAGGGGUAGCAGUGGUCCCACAGAUAUAUCGGCUCAAGGUACGUUAGCUCAACGAGCUUCAAGAGCCGGUAUGCUGGAUAGUGGCACUACUGGCAGACCGCCAAGAAGAUCAGGGAGUCUCCUUCAUCUCCAACAAGACUUAAGCCCAAUAACAAAGGAUGGAGAGAGCCCGGGUGCUCUCGACGAGGCAGGUACAAAUCAGUUAGCGAAACCUCGUCCUGCGUCAAAAGACUCCUCCGACUUGAACAAUGGAAUGGAAACCAAGCAAUCCCAUCAGGACACGGAUGAUGGCCGGAAACGUUUGUCCGGCCAGAGCAUACCCUCCGCUAUUCAUAGACAUACCCUGUUACAUUCAUAUGGUGGUGACUUCUCGUCAUCCUUCCAAUCUCUGCCGUCUAGCACCUCUCUUCUUACAAAGCCUACGUCGCAAUCAUCGGCGUUAGCACGGCCUGGGUCUGCAUCUGCAGCGCAGGUUACUAUGCUCCCGCCUUCAGACCGUCUGAAAGGACUCAUGCUCGAUCUAUUGCCGGUACACGUUUUCGUGGCACUUCCGGUAAACGGAGAAAUUGUGUGGGUUAAUAGCAGAUACCUGACAUACAGGGGCCAGACUCUUUCGGACCUCGUUGCAGAUCCUUGGGGCAGCAUUCACCCUGAGGACCGCGAUGAUUAUAUGCGUGCUUGGACUCAUUCACUUCGAUCAGGUGAUCAAUUUGCCCACACCGUUCGCCUUCGUCGCUUCGAUGGCGCAUACCGGUGGCACCAGGCACGUGCUGUAGCCUCGAGGGAUAGACGAGGAGUUAUAGUACAAUUCAUUGGCUCCUACAUGGAUAUUCACGACCAGAAAGUUGCGGAACUCAUGGCGUUGCGUCAAGAAGAGAUCGAGCUUUCGGAAGCGAAACACCGCCUCCUCGCAAAUUUAAUACCUCAGAUAAUAUUUACCGCAACCGAAAAUGAUGGAAUCACAUUUGCGAAUGAGCAAUGGCUAUCUUACACCGGUCAAAAUGAGGAGGGUGCGUUAGGAUUGGGAUUCAUAGAUUUUGUUCAUCCAGAUGACUUGGCCAAAUGUCGACUGCCGGUAGAUCGCUCAACGGUUGUGUUUUCGAACACAGAUGAUAAUGCCGAUCAGUUUACCAAAAGUCCUACAACGAUGGGCCACGAAUCGUUUUCUGUCGAGACACCUGGAGGACGCCGCCCAACACCGCUGUCUCGUCACAACAGUUCUAGUUCGGCCCGCGAUUUUGUUACGGCAGAUCUAGGCGAGCUGGCUAGAAAGGGUAUUCUUAAAGUUACCAUAGACAGCAACGGUCGACUUUCCUAUACGACUGAAGUGCGUCUCAGAUCUAAGACCGGCGAAUACCGAUGGCAUUUGAUAAGGUGUGUGGAAAUUGAUGAUGUUGGGUUCGGAAGCGGUGCAAGCUCCUACUUUGGCUCAGCCACCGACAUCAACGAUCAUAAGCUGCUAGAGGAGAAACUCAAAGAAGCUAUGGAGUCCAAGGGUCGAUUUCUGAGCAACAUGUCCCAUGAGAUUCGCACACCACUGAUCGGAAUAUCCGGGAUGGUGAGCUUCUUACAGGACACAACGCUCAACGAGGAGCAGAGAGACUACACAAACACUAUCCAGACUAGUGCUAAGAGUCUCCUCAUGAUCAUUAACGACAUUCUGGAUUUAUCAAAGGUCGAUGCCGGUAUGAUGAAACUAAAUUUCGAAUGGUUUCACACCCGGUCGCUCAUCGAAGAUGUAAACGAAUUGGUCUCGACAAUGGCAGUCGCUAAACGACUCGAACUUAACUACAUUGUGGAAGAGAACGUUCCUUCUUGGGUCAAAGGUGAUAAGGUACGAAUUCGACAAGUGCUUCUAAACGUCAUUGGCAACGCUAUCAAAUUUACAAGUGCGGGAGAGGUUUUCAGUCGUUGUAGAGUCUAUUCAGAUAAUAAGGCUAUAUUAGGAGAGUAUUCGAUCCUGCUUGAAUUUUCUAUCAUCGAUACCGGGCGAGGUUUCUCGAAAGAGGAGGCUGAACUGAUUUUCAAACCUUUCAGUCAAAUUGAUGGGAGCAGUACCCGACAACAUGGCGGCAGUGGACUAGGUCUCGUAAUUUCACGGCAGCUUGUCGAGCUUCACGGCGGUAAAAUGGAUGGCACCGCCGUACCAGGCAAGGGUUCAACAUUCACCUUCACGGCCAAGUUUGGCUUACCAAGUCCUGAAGAUCAUCCCAACUUUGCCAGCACCCCACCUUUGACUGCAUCCACACAGACUCCAGCAGAUGAGAAGUCAAUGCAUGCUAUCAAGCCACUUUUGCUUCACAGAACGAUGGAUCCUGCCCAUACUAUCAGCCCUAUCUCGGAUAUAGGGGUUACUUCACCAGCCCCAGCGUCGUCCGCCAGUUCAGAUCCCUCUGUUCGCUCUAUCCGAACUCAAAAUACAACACGGUCUUCGAUCUCGUCGGUCAAUGUUGGUCUUUCGCACUUCAGCGAAGCCGCCAAAGCUAGCGGGCAGGACAUCUCCCAGAUGAAGCUUGAGAUGCCUUCUGGAAAGAUAUCCCCUCAAUUAGUACCUACACCAGACGUGACCAAGUUUCCCGUAGACUUACCACAGUUUCGUCCACCGAUGUAUUCAAUACUCGUCAUCUGCCCCCAGAGGUAUAGUAGAGAAGCCACCACAAAGCACAUCGAGAUGACAUUGCCGAAAGACGUUCCACAUCAGAUCACUGCAAUGGCAAGCGUGUCAGAAGCCGAAGAGGUGAUUGGAGGUCAUGAAUCCGUUACAUUCACUCAUGUUGUCCUUAAUCUCACCUCAGUUGAAGAGAUCAUAGGCGUCAUCGACAAAGUAAUUGCAAGUUCUGCUGGCAAGACAUCAGUCCUAGUGUUGACGGAUUCCGUUCAAAGACAAGCCGUUCUCAAACUAGCCUCCGAUGCCGAGCACCAGCGGCUCCUCGCGGAGAAGCGGAUGAUAUUUGUGUACAAGCCGGUGAAACCAUCCCGCUUCGCAUCCAUUUUUGAUCCAGGCAGGGAGCGCGAUCUCAGUGUAGAUUUGAACCGCUCCAGUGCCGCUCAGAUGGUUGAGAAUCAGAAACAAAACUACUUGGACGUAGAAAAGCGAAUAGGCAACAAGGGGUACAGAGUUCUUCUCGUCGAGGAUAAUCCUGUCAACCAGAAAGUCUUGGUCAGGUAUCUGAAAAAGGUCGGGAUCGAUGCAGAGAUUGCGGCCGACGGUGUGGAAUGUACCGACAAGGUCUUCGCGCAGGCCCCAUACCACUACUCUCUGAUAUUGUGCGAUCUCCAUAUGCCUCGCAAGGAUGGCUACCAGGCUUGCCGAGAAAUUCGGCAAUGGGAGGAACAGGCUAACCUCCGUAAGUUGCCCAUCAUUGCUUUGUCGGCGAACGUCAUGUCGGACGUUCAAGAGAAGUGCGCAGCGGCGGGAUUCAGCGACUACGUCACGAAGCCAGUUGACUUCGUCGACCUAAGCACGGCAAUGUCCAAGUUCUUCUGAUCUGCCACCACGGGCGAUCAGUCAACAACGAUUUGCCAGUCACAAGACAUGAUCAAUGCAUCUGCAUGGCGUUCCCGGGAAA